CCCGCCGCAGGACGGCGACAUCAAGUGGGGAAGCAACGUCUUCAUGUGGAACGUCGAGGCUGCGUAUGGCAACAAGAAAUGGCGCUUUUGGUAGAAGCCAUCGCCUUCCUCGCACCCAAAAUACAUCAAUGUAUCAAGAGACACCGUUUUCACGACUUUAGUAUGCGAACCUCGCCGUUAAUGAUCCGUCAGUCUUUAGCAGUGGCGUGCUAUCUCAUCGAUGGCAGGCUUUCUACCACAUAUAAAGUGUGGUAA